UCGGGGCGCAGCGUCCCCCCGGCCGCCUCCGCCGCCGCUCCAGCCCCCUUCUUCGCCCAUGGGGACCCUCCCGGAGCGCGGCCACCCGCCCUCGCCCCGCGCCUGGUGACGCUGCUCCAUGGAUACCAGCCCCCCGACUCCGGACCCCGGGGGCCCGCGGAGGGACUUUGCGGUUUCUGAUCAAGGACCCCCGUCUUUUGAGGGGCUUCUGGGGCGGCUGGGGGCUGGGGGGCGAAGGCAGCGCCUCCUCCUGGCCCUGACCUGCCUGCCAUGCCUCCUCCUGGGGCUCGGAGCCGGCUCAGACGCCCUCUUCACUCUGACGCCUCCACGCCACUGCCGGGAUCCCAACAGCACCCAGUUCCCGGAGAACGCAACCUGCUGGGACCCCCGCUGCCACAGCUGGGAAUACGGGGGCCUCCCGGCCCUCACCAACAAUCCGGUGACCGAGUGGUCCCUGGACUGUUUCCGAGGAUGGAUUGUUCCCUUGGAGCAGCUCUGCUUCCUCCUGGGUUUUGCCGCAGGCGCGCUGCUGCUGGGACACCUGGCAGACAGCGUGGGGCGGCGCGGGACCCUCCUCCUGGCCCUAGCCCUGGGUUGCCCUGCGGGCGUCUUGGCCGCCUUUGCCGCCUCGCCCUCCGUCUUCAUGCUGGGCCGUUGCCUCUGGGGGGCGAUGCUGGGGGGCAUGGAGCUCUCCCUCUACCUUAGCCGCUUGGAGCUGUGCUGUCCCCCCCAGCGGCUGCCUGUGACCAUGGCAGCAGACCUCCUCAUGGUUGGGGGGCACUUCCUUCUUCUGGGGCUGGCACUGGCGUGUGGAGGUUGGAGGGUCUUGCAGGGCGUCAUGGCGGCUGGGCUGGGCCUCUGCCUCCUCUAUGGGUGCCCUGGAUUGUACCCAGACUCACCCCGGUGGCUCUUGGCCACGCGACGGACAGCCCAAGCCAAGGAGAUCCUGAUAGCCCUGGCUCAGGGCAGUGGCAGCCAGGAGUCGGAGGCUCAGGAGGCCCUGGAAGAACUUGAUAAUGCCUGCCACCUCCCCGCUGCAGCCCAGAUUUCGUUCCGGGCCGUUCUGUCCUGCAGAAACAUCUGGAAGAAUGUUCUCAUCCUCGGUUUCACCACAUUCAUCGCCCACGCCAUCUGCCACUGUUACCUGCUGGCCUGGGAAUCCCAGGAGGAUCCACGGGCCAACUUCUACCUCUGCUACCUGCUGUCAUCCGGCAGUGCGGGCCUCGCCUGCCUCUUCCUGUGCCUGAGCGUUGACCGUUACGGACGCCGCGGGAUUCUCCUUCUCACCACCACGCUGGCCGGCAUCGCUUCCCUGAUUCUGCUGGGCCUGGGAGAGUAUCUCAACGAUGCUGCGCGGAGAACCUUCUCCAUCCUUGGCCUCUUCUCCUCCCACGCAGCUGGAUCCCUCAGCAUCUUCUUCGCCUCCGAGGUCAUCCCCACCGUGAUCAGGGGCAAGGGCCUGGGCCUGAUCCUGGCCGUGGCGUCCCUGGGCGGCCUGAGCGCCCCUCUGCUGCGGCUGCGAGAGCAGCACGGCUCUUUCCUCGAGCACAUCGUCCUGGCCUCCCUCAACAUCCUGGCUCUCCUCUGCCUGAUGCUGCUGCCCGAGAGCAAGCGCAAGGGGCUGCCCGAGGGCCUUCGCGACGGCGAACUCUACCGGAGGCCUUCGCUGCUACGCCGGGCCGGAGGAGGAGAGAGCCGGGACUCGGAAGGCGCCACCCGGCGGGACGACGUGCCUCUGCUGUCCACGCCGAACCCAGCCAGCUGAUGCACCCUCUGCCGCCGCCGUACACACGCCCUGGCUGGAUCUGGACCUCCUUUGCCCGCCGCGCCGUUUGGGACUUCACUGAGGCCUCGCAAGGGCAGAAGAAGACAUUGCCAAGCGGCCUCCACUUUUCCCCGUUUCGUUCUGCGGCCUAGCAUGAGAAGCAGCAGCCGGAGAGCUGCCCUUUUCUCCGUGUCGCAGGCUGGGUGGGGGUAAACCAUUAGCAACGCUGAUCAUUUAUCUUUUUUCCUUUUUUAAAUAAGCCUACAAACUGGCUUGCCCCCGCUCCUCGCACACACGCAGUUCAGUUGGCGAUUUGGUGUGGCUCACCGGACGAGGCCCGGCCCAAGACCACACACCCACCCCCUGACCAUGCAGGCUUUCGUGGUUGGGACGGCGAACCCUCACAAAACAAGACCACUCUGUGUGCAAUAAUAAUAAGCUCCUUGGUACAGUAUUUCCAGAAAGCCAGGUCCUUUCUCUGAGUUCCCUGCCCCGAAAGAGCAGCUGUCUGCCUUGAUCCCUCAUCUUGGCCGCUUCUGCAAGUGGAAAUUGACAGGUGAAGCUCUGUCCAAAUUGGAGAAUGGGGAACCAGGGAAAGCUACCCAGCGUGGCUGGGGAAACCCAGCCAGAUGGGUGGGGUACAAAUAAUAAAUUAUUAUUAUUAUUUCCCUGCCAGAUUUCUGGCAGUCAGGUGUUAAAAGGCCCAGGAGCCCUGGCAGAAAUAAUAGGGUGCCAGAUUUAGAGAGGUGUUUACUCACCUCUCAUCUGUUUUUGUAUUUUUUUCCUUAAAAUGCUUGGCUGCUCUCCAGUCUGGAAAAAACACCCAUACAGUAUUGGAUAUUUAACCAUCUUGGGGGUAUAACUUGCCCCAAGAUACUGAACCGUAGAGGAUUCAUUCGGAUCAGAUGGUUUCUGUUCCCAUUUCACAGAUUUAGGAAACUGAGGCCAAGACGGAACCUUUACGGGCCAGUUUCAAGGUUAGGGUCAGAGCUUUCAACCUAUGCACUACAUUCAGUCAUUGUUUUGAUAGCACAUCUCCGUGUACAAAGGGCUUUGAAUGUCACUCUUGCCAGAGUUGACUUAACCCCAAAAUGGAAGCAAGAGCCUUUUAAAAGUGGGCUGUUCUCUGUUCUUCUCCAUGAUCUUGCAAAAGAUGGCUGCUCACUAUCCCACAAUCCGCUGCUGCACUCCAUGGCCAUUAUUCAACACUUGGGGGUCAGGAUUGCCUCAUAAGCUGGGCAGCAUUUCCCCGUUUUACCAUCCUAGAGGGAGCAAAACCCUGUUGGAUUUCUGCUUCCUUACUGCCAAAAGGAAGCAGCAAGCUGCAGCCUUACUUACGGCACUAACAGCAAAGAAACCUAAUUCCUUCUCUUCCCUGCCUAUUUGUAUACUUUAUAAAGCAUUGACAUGCACACGUCAUCAGGUACAACUGGUUGUUCCACCCCUCUGGGCCCAAGGAAAAUGCUAAUUUUUAUCACCAAGGAGGAAGGGGGGGGGAGAGAUGCCUGAAUGUGGGAAGGAACAGACUGGGCCACUCCACCUGCUCUUUUGGCAACUCAAAACACAACCCACACAGGAGACUCCGGGAAGACGGUUGGCUGCUUUCUACGGGAAACAAACUACUGACUGUUAAUAAGCUAAAUACAAAUUAAAGUUUGGGGGGGGACUUCUUGAGAA